GCAAUAAACUUGUUGUGUUAUAUUAAAAUAUAAAUAAACAGUUUUAAUAAGUAAAAAUUGCUAAAUUGGCAACAUAAAGUAUAGUCAAAAACAAAUCAAGAAUCAAAUUUUUUCUACGUGUGGUCUGACGUCAUAUACCGAGAAAAAAUGAAAACGAUCGUUUCUUCCGCUGCAACAAAUAAUGUGAACACAAACCCCGCGCCAAUCGUGCCUAAGACGGAGCCAGAAGCAGUUGCCACUGAAGACUCUAUGGAAUUUCAAACACCAAACAGCAGCUCAACACCAAACCCAAAUAAGCGCCCAGCCUUUUUGGACCUCAACAAGUCAGCGAAAAACAAACGCGUGAUGAUGGCGCCACUGUUAAUUGAUUCACCCGACUUAAACAAUAAGACACUCAAUACGCCAGACUUGGAAAAAAUAUUGCUUUCAAGCAAUCUGUUGCAAACGCCACAACCCGGCACGGUAUUUCCCACUAAAGUGGGCCCCGUGACAUCCGAACAAGAAGCUUUUGGCAAGGGUUUCGAGGAGGCGUUACAGAAUCUGCACACCAGCAAGAAUACCCAAGUGUUUAUGACGAGCAACGGUAAUGGCCCUGCGGCUAAUAAUGCCCCAGCUGCCCCCGCUGUUACUGCUGCCGCAGCCAUGACAGCAGUCAAUAAUGGCAUGAGCGGUGGCACCUUUACCUACACCAACGUUGAUGGAUAUCCUGUUAUUAAAGAUGAACCACAAAACUCAGCUGCUUCACCUACUGUUAGUCCCAUUGAUAUGGAAACUCAGGAAAAGAUCAAGUUGGAGCGCAAGCGUCAACGUAAUCGUGUUGCCGCUUCUAAGUGUCGCAAGCGUAAGCUGGAGCGCAUUUCCAAACUCGAGGAUCGCGUGAAAAUACUUAAAGGCGAAAAUACUGACCUAGGAGGCAUUGUUAAGAACCUCAAGGAUCACGUGGCGCAAUUGAAGCAACAAGUCAUCGAGCACAUGGAAGCCGGCUGCACUGUACAAGCCAUUCCCAAUGCGGUGAUGCUGGCGGGCAAAUAACAUAAGGCCAAUAAUGGGCAUGCUUUUAUUUUAGUGGGGGAGCAGCAGUAUAUAGAUAGUUUAAUAAACGACGAACAGGAGACGGAUGUGGACACAGCAGAGAUGGAAGAGCAAGAGCUAGAGGAACAGUCGGCUGAAGUAUUGGCCUUGGAUCAGGGUAUUUCAUUGGAACUGCUGCUAAGUGAGCAUGUUGUCAUAGAAACAAUAGACCAAUUAACCAAUGGCAGUGAGUCGCCUGCAGCUGACUAAUCAAACUAAUAACCAAUCUUGGCUGCUAAGUGCCUUUUUGUAAACAAUUAAUUUUGUUCUCUGCUUAAUGCCAAUGUGCAAUUGCCUUAUUUGCUGUUUUAAAAUUAAUUUAAGUUUUGCUUUUGAAAAGUACGUUUUUUAUUUAGUUCUAAAUGUACAUAUGCUUAAGUUAAAGUAUUACGUUGUGCGUGUUUCUUUUGUAAGAAAAUAUAUUGAGUACAUUAUCAAUGUAUCUGAACAAAUUUGUAUUACUCU